GACCUUUUCUUUAUGUGAAUUUUGGAACUAAGUUAGUAACGCGUUUUUUGUUUAUGCCGUCGUUAAAUUAGGAAUAAGAGAAUUGAUAAUCUGUUAACAUGGGUGGCACUCGCUGCGUAUUUCGCGACUGUCAGGUCUCAACACAGCGUAAUCCGAAGAUGCAUUUCUUUAAACUGCCAGUUCGUGAUCCAGUUCGCCUGGAAACCUGGAUAAAGAAUUGCGGUAACGCCGACAUUUUAAAUGUUACACGGGAGAAGCUAUCAAAUCGCGCAGUUUGCGCCCGCCACUUUCGCUACGAAUGCUUCAUGAACUACAAAUUGGAUCGACUUAUUCCGAACCAGACACCAACAUUGAUGCGCGUCAGCAAGGAUCUGGCCUGGGAUCUGGAGCACCUCGACGAGAAUGGCGAAGCCACAAUGGUCAAGCUGUCCAUGCCCACAUUGUCACACUUGAUACCUCCCGAUAAUUUCGAAUGCCCACUUGGUUUCACCGAGGAUGCACGAUUUGGGCGUAAAUACGCAGCGAGAAGACGAACGCCCCCAAAGCCUUUGACCCUGGAACCAAAUAAAAAACAAAAAGUUGCGCCGGAGCAGCUUAACAAGACUGAGGCAUCCAAAAUUGUUGACUUGAGCACAGUCAACAUAGAUGAUGGAAAGCUGGACAAGGAGCUGUCCGGAAAAGUUGUUGAUAUGGAAAUAUUAACAGAGCCCAAUAAAGCGGAAUCCGCUGCUCUGCAAACUUCACCCUCCACCGAAGAGAUUCCCCAAGAACUGCAGCUUAGGUAUGACCAAUUGAGUGCAAACUACGAGCAGCUCUUAAGGGAUAAUGCCGAUUGCAAGCAAUCAAUAAUAAGACUAGAGGCUCAAAUUCAAGCCUUAAAAAGCAAUAGCACAACCUCCUCCUGUACGCCACAAUUGACCAAGCCACAACUGUAUAAUGGCAUUAAAAAAUAUCUGGGACCAACCAUGGCUGCGCUCGUGCGUAUGGAAAUGUUUGGCGGCGCCGAGCGUCCAUGGAAGGAAGAUGAGCGCGACUUUGCCAAGGAGCUGCUGCAGCUCGGCGAAGACGUUUACACACAUUGCUGCGAUGAGUGGCGAUUCCGGUUGCCCUCGCUGCGUAUGGCACGCAGCUGGCUGGAUGACAAAGGCGCCGCAGUUUCCGCAGAUGAACAGCUAUAGACGCAACAUUUGAUGUCAUCUUU